UAUCUGGCUUCCUGCGCUGCCAUGUUGGAAGCUCCGGGCCCAAGCGAUGGCUUGGACCAUGGGAGCGCGGGCGCCAGUGGGGCCAGCUACUCCGGACAGAUGCUGCAGGUGCGGCCCGGGCUGUAUCUGGGUGGAGCGGCGGCCGUUGCGGAGCCAGCUCGCCUGAGGGAGGCCGGCAUCACCGCCUUGCUGACGGUGGACUCGGAGCCCCGUUUCCCUGCGGGGGCCGGGUUCGAGGGUCUCCGCAGCCUCUUCGUACCGGCGCUGGACCAACCCGAGACCGACCUGCUCAGCCACCUGGACCGGUGCGUGGCCUUCAUCGGCCAGGCCCUUGCCGAGGGCCGUGGAGUGUUGGUGCACUGUCAUGCAGGAGUCAGUCGAAGUGUAGCUGUAGUGACUGCUUUUAUGAUGAAGACUGACCAACUUAGCUUUGAAAAAGCCUAUGAAAACCUCCAAACUAUCAAACCAGAAGCUAGGAUGAAUGAGGGGUUUGAGCAGCAGCUGAAGUUAUAUCAUGUGAUGGGAAAUGAGGUGGAUACUUCUAGUGCUAUUUAUAAGCAAUAUCGUUUGCAAAAGGUUACAGAGAAGUAUCCAGAAUUGCAGAAUUUACCUCAAGAACUCUUUGCUGUUGACCCAACCACCAUUUCACAAGGAUUAAAAGAUGAAAUUCUCUAUAAAUGUAGAAAGUGCAGGCGAUCUUUAUUCCGAAGUUCAAGUAUUUUGGAUCAUAAUGAAGGAAGUGGACCUAUAGCCUUUGCCCACAAGAGAACACCGUCUUUCAUGCUUACCACAGGGACUCAGUCUCAGUGUACAUCUUAUUUCAUUGAACCUGUACAGUGGAUGGAAUCUACUUUGUUGGGAGUGAUAGAUGGACAGCUACUUUGCCCAAAAUGCAGUGCCAAGUUGGGUUCCUUCAACUGGUAUGGUGAACAGUGCUCAUGUGGCAGAUGGAUAACUCCUGCGUUCCAAAUACACAAGAACAGAGUGGACGAAAUGAAAACGCUGCCAGUUUUGGGAUCACAAACAAGAAAAGUUUGAGCUGUGUCAUUUUGGUGACUUGGAAAGAAACUUGUUGGUUUGUUUAUUAUUCAUGGCAGAUAAUCUAUUUUUUAGGCCAACAUUACAUUUGGAAUGUGAGAAGACAAAAUCCCUUGAUGUGGAAUGGAAACUAUGCUUUUUUUUUUAGCUUAUUACAAUGUUGGUGGACUAUUUCACAUGGAAAACAAAGCUUUUGGUUAAUGUUAUGUUUGAUUUGAUAUUAAAAUCUUUUAUAAUCCA